AUGUCGGCGCACUCCGGCUGCCAACCAUUCCACUCAAACUCCCUUCAACUCCCUCCCCACAAUCCUCAUGCACCUGUUGGAACCGGACAUAACGAAGCGGGCUACGAUCAAACAAGUGGCGACCGCCAAUUGGCUCAACUACGACGUGCCCCGCUACUCCUCAUGAUCAAGAACCGCCCAGGAUGGACUCCCGUCUCCGAAGACACGGGGUUGCUAGAGUAUAAGUUAAAUAAGGAAACAAAUAAAGUUUAUCAGUCGAGAAGUUCAGAGUGUCUUUGGGAUUGAAGCUGAUUGGUAUCACUACCGAGCGUCCAUCUUGCUCCGUAACCUUAAGAAAUGGUUGGCGCUUUCCGUCAUAGUCGUAAUAUUUAUUUAUAUCAAAUUAAAAUAUUUAAAAAAAAAUAUCGAGUUAACCUUAUCUCUUAAAGUUAUAUCAUUU